AUGGAAGGCCACAGCGGCUCUGGUUUCUGCUCCAUAAACCCCCUCGCCUUUGCCUGGGCCUGGCUCAGCAGGGGUUGCAGUUGUCACACGACUUCUCCUUUUGCGUCUCAGGAUGAAGGAACGAGGCAAAGAGCGUACAAUCUAGUGGCCCAGGCCUACACGUCCAUCUCUGCAGACGACUUUGCUGCUUUCGUGGGUUAUUCUGUGGAAGAGGCAGUAAAAGGUGUUGUGAGCCAGGGCUGGCAGGCUGACCCGGCCACUCGUAUGGUAAUGCCCAAAAAGCCCGACCCUCCCCCAGUGUCCCUCGUUCCAAAUGAGCAGCAGUUGGCCAGACUCACCGACUACGUGGCUUUCCUGGAGAACUGA